GCGUGCCGAAGGAUGUUUGGUGUUUGGGUGAGUACCUCUCCGGUAUUAUCUGGAUCUGAAUUCUGUGGAUAUGGGGCGAAACUCAGCAAAUCCUAUCUCAGAUCGGUGAUUAGUGUGAUUACAUGGGACCAAUGGGACAACCAUCGUCUAAUGGAAUUGGGUGUACCUGUAGUGUGUUUGGACGCUGCACGAUGUUGGACUGAAGCAUCGCUUUACAGAUUAUAAAAUAAUUGCAAUGUUAAAGCAAAUCUUUAUUUGUAACUAAUGAUGUCUAAACCAAAACACAUCGAGUCGGUCAGGGUGGUGGUCCGAUGCCGUCCCUUCAACCGAAGGGAGAUAACGAGCAGUGACAACAUCUUGGAGCUGAAUGGCAGACUGGGGCAGAUUACCAUUCGAAAUCCAAAAGCACCACCUGAGGAUUUUAUGAAAACAUUUACGUUUGACGCUGUGUAUGACGGGGACUCGAAGCAAAGCGACAUUUAUGAUGACACGGUGAGACCUCUUGUGGAGUCUGUUUUGCAAGGUUUCAAUGGAACUAUAUUUGCCUAUGGACAAACUGGGACAGGUAAAACGUACACUAUGCAAGGGAUUGUAACAGACCCGGAGAGGAGAGGGAUUGUCCCAAAUUCAUUUAACCACAUUUUUACCCAAAUAUCAAGGUCCCAAAACCAACAGUAUUUGGUCAGAGCAUCAUACCUGGAGAUUUAUCAGGAAGAAAUUAGAGACCUUCUUCGCAAGGACAACAGCAAGAAACUGGAGUUGAAGGAAAACUCAGAACACGGGGUUUACGUCAAAGAUCUGUCCUCAGUCGUUACCAAGAACGUAACAGAGAUAGAGCAUGUGAUGAACAUUGGGGACCAGUCCAGGUCUAUGGGUUUCACCCAAAUGAAUGAGCGCAGCUCGAGGUCUCAUGCCAUCUUUGUCAUCACCGUGGAGUGCAGCGAGAUGGGAACAGAUGGUGAGGACCACAUCCGCGUCGGCAAGCUCAACAUGGUCGACCUGGCUGGCAGCGAACGUCAGAGCAAGACAGGUGCCAAAGGGAAGCGUCUGAAGGAAGCUGCCAAAAUCAACCUGUCCCUCUCCGCCCUGGGGAACGUGAUCUCCGCCCUGGUGGACGGAAAGAGCACCCACGUCCCGUACAGAGACUCCAAGUUGACCCGCUUGCUCCAAGACUCGUUGGGGGGCAACACCAAGACCGUCAUGAUAGCUACCGUGGGACCGGCCUCGAUGAACUACGAAGAAUCCUUGACUACCCUGAGAUACGCCAACAGAGCCAAGAACAUCAAGAACAAGCCUCGCAUCAAUGAGGAUCCCAAGGAUACCCUGCUGAGGGAGUUUCAGGAAGAGAUCACGCGCCUCAAAGCCCAGCUGGAGGAGCGGGGUAUGUUGGCGAAGGAGAGGAGGAGGAGGAGGAGGAACAGCAAGAGGCUGAGUAGAUGCAUGUCAGGAUUGGAGGAGGAGGAGGCCUUUGAAAGGGACACGGUGGUGUGGAAGGCUGUAGAGGAGGAGCGGAAUGUGGAGCACUACAUGAAGAAAAAGGGAGGGACCACUGACGAUAAGGGGAUCAAUGGGAAUGCAGAGCUGGGAGCCAUGGAGAAGAUGAGGCCCUUGGUUGACAAGGAGAAGGCGAUGGAGGUUAUGCAGAUAGAGCAGGAGGCCAUCGAAAACAUAAUUGAGAAAUUUAAGACCAUGGAGAGCAAGUUGUUAGUAGGAGGAAAGAAUAUCAUUGACCACACCAAUGAGCAGCAGAAAAUGCUGGAAUUAAAGAGGCAGGAGAUUGCAGAGCAGAUAAGGCACGAGAGAGAGAUCCAGCAGCAGAUGUUGGAUCAGGACGAGGAGACUGGGGAACUGAGGGAGACCUUCUCAUCCCUGCAGCAGGAGGUGGAUCUCAAGACCAAGAAGCUGAAGAGGCUGUACGCCAAGCUGCAGUUGGUGAAGGCCGAGAUAGGAGAUGUCAGUGAUGAACACGUCAUAACCAGACAGGAGCUUGAGCAAACACAAAGUGAACUGACAAGAGAACUGAAGUACAAGUAUCUUUUGAUUGAAAACUUCAUACCUCCCGAGGAGAAGAACAAGAUCAUGAACAGGCUGAGCUUCGACAGUGAGGAGGACCAGUGGAAGUUCCGAUCCUUCAUCCCUUCAGAAUGUAAACCUGCUCAAGUCAAGAGAAGACCUUUGUCUGUAGUGGGAUUAAAGAGACCAACCAGCCAGUAUGCCCAGAUUGCUGCAGCUUCAGGAACACCAACUAGAUAUCAGGCUGAGAAUGUAAUGCUGUUGGAGCUCGACAUGACCCCACCCACCAUGUUUACACUGAACCUGAACGGGGCCCAUCUGGAGCGUGCGUUCUCUCCCCGGCCAAUGAGGAGUCUCCUGGCUAACGUUCCCCUCAGGGAGAGAACCACGGCUUCCCGCGUCAGGAAAUCUAGAUCAUGGUAUCAAGCACCACGCAUUGUAUACUCGUCGUCCUCCAGCUCUCUGACAGGGGGAGCCCAGAGCGUCUCUCCGCCUCAGAGACCUGCCUCCGCCGUCUACCACCCAACAGGGAGUGCUGUUGAGUCAAGCCCCUGAGUCGGAAUCAUCAUUAUGCCCGUCCUUCAACGCCAUUGUGCUUUCGUACAUGCUGUCACUUUCAUGGUGGAAUAAUUUCACCUUUCUUUCUUCUAUUGCCAAAUGAUUUGAAAGCCUUUGUAGAAAAUGUAAAGUUGAACACUGCAUUAGCUUUCUUGUGUUUCCUAUUGAUUACUGCUUGUGUUAACAUAUAGAGCAAUGUGCACAUAUGAAUAAACUAUGUCAAAUGUUAUUUGCCAAAAAACUU